UCACAUGGCCGUGCGUGUCAGAGGUUGCUGGACCGAUUCGAACCAAUUAUUGAUGCCUUAGAUACCAUUUACAACUUGCAACGUGAUCCUGAAAUCUAUGGUCUGAGACAAACACUAGCUAAUAAGAGAAUGAUUGCUGCAGCUGCAGUUUUAUGUGACAUGUUAGCCCAUGUGUGUAUUUUCAGUGAUAAUCUCCAAGGGGAUGUUUACUUCACUCUGGUAAAUGAGAAAGCUUCAGCACUUGUAGAUAAACUUCAUGAUCUUAUAGAGAGGUUUAGAAGAGUUGGCCAGGGUGAAGCUGAUAUUGGUCUUCAAUUUUCUAAAGUGGAAUGUCUGUGGCAAGAAAUCGAUGACAGAACAGACUUGUCAAGACACCUAAGGGGUCCACCAUCAGUUACCAUCCACCAAUUUGCUGAAGAGUUUGCCAUCCCAAUCGUCCACUCAUUGAUUGGUGAGAUUGAAGAUGCCUUUCAGUGCUCUGAGGUGCUGCAGUCCUUCGCAGUAUUCAAUUUAAGAAAUGUUCCGGAUAGUGUGGCAGAAGUUGUCAAUAACUUUGGGCAGGAGAAAUGCUACAACAGAACAGUUAGAUGACCCCCAGUUUCUAUUACAAACCAUCAGAGAAGAUGCUGUCCUCAACCAUGAUUACCCAGCAAUGCAGUAUUUGGUCUUACUGUCAGCUCUAAUCCCAACUUCAACUGCUGUGGUUGUGAGAGUCUUUUCUCUUAUGAAUAGUGUCUGUACACCUCUAAAAUCAUCGUUGAAACAACAGACACUGGAACAUAUUUUACGUGUAGUCCACUGUGGACCAGAACAACUUACGAGUGCCCAGCUUGAUAAAGCUUUUGCUCGUUUCAAACAAAUUAAAGACAGAAUGAUUGACUUUUAGACAAACUCUGACAGUACAUUAAGAAAAUGAGUAAAUGUAUA